UUGAAAUCGGAAAGGGAAAGAAAGAAUAAACAAAGAUUAAAACACCGUCGACGUACACCGCCCGUUCAAUCAUACGGCUUAUUCAUUAAGCAAACGACGAAAGGCCGGACACCCUACGGUGGUCAUUGGUGGCGCCCUGUGUCGCCUCCACCUUAAAAAGCAAAACAGUUCGAUCAUAGAUUGCCAAUUCCAAUCUCAAUUCAGAUCACCGAUUCAAAAUCACAGAGAAAAUGGCAUCUUCCACAGAUUCAUGGAUCAAGGAAUAUAAUGAAGCGUUAAGACUUGCUGAUGAUAUUAAUGGCAUGAUAUCUGAAAGGAGUUCAUUACCCGGUUCAGGCCCUGAAGUACAACGCCAUUCAUCUGCCAUACGGAGGAAAAUUACAAUAUUAGGAACUAGACUUGACAGCUUACAGUCUCUUCUAUCAAAGCUUCAUGGGAAACAGCCUCUGACAACAAAAGAGAUGAACCGUCGUAACGACAUACUUUCGAAUUUGAGAUCAAAAGUAAACCAGAUGGCUGCCACAUUGAACAUGUCAAACUUUGCCAAUAGGGACAACUUGCUUGGGCCAGAAAGUAAGGAAGCAGAUGCCAUGAGCAGAACGACAGGUUUAGACAACUAUGGCAUUGUUGGCCUUCAACGACAAGUGAUGAGAGAGCAAGACGAGGGACUGGAGAAAUUGGAGGAGACAGUGAUAAGUACCAAACAUAUUGCGUUGGCAGUCAAUGAGGAACUUGAUCUACAUACUCGAUUAAUUGAUAAUCUGGACCAACAUGUGGAUGUUACAGACUCCCGGUUGCAGAGAGUGCAGAGGAAGCUUGCAAUUCUGAAUAAACGCACCAAGGGUGGUUGCUCCUGCAUGUGCCUGUCUUUAUCAGUCCUUGGGAUAGUGAUUCUGGUUCUGGCUAUAUGGUUGCUGAUCAAAUAUUUGUAAUGCAAAUAUCGUGAACUCGAGCAUCUUGCCCUCGUAUCGGUGUGUGAUGGGGUGAAAGCGGCUUUUAUCAUUGCUGUUGUUACAUUAUUUACAUUCGGCUUUAUUGAAUUGCUCAGUUUCAUGCUUUGUUUGUGUUGAAAUGUGAUCUAUUGCUGAAAACACUCCUUUAAGUGUAUAUG